GCUAGCGCUGCCUGUUGGUUUAUUUGCUAGCCGAUGAGCGGCAAACAGGCAGCAGCACGCAAUCGCGAAUAAGCUGAACAAUCGGACAAUCUUCUCCAUGUUGCUGUUACACAGAAUUGGAUACACAACAACUGGGCUACCACGGCAACUACGGAUUGCGCGCAAGCCUCCUUCCUUCAUCCCAAUGCACGUCUGACGUCACCAAGCACAGCACUCCAGGUUUCUCCACGACGUCAUUGUAUUCGGAGCUUCGCAUGCAUCGACAACCAACGCGCCCAAAGAAGACGCUGCUCACGUGGAAGUGCAACAAGACCUAGCGUUAUGGGCUCGGAUAGAUGGUAGCUUGGUAUAAAAAGCAUCGACAUCCUUGUCACAUUUUGCGUUGCGACACCUCGCACUCACACAGCAAAGAACUUCAACCGCAACACAUUUCCAUUCACCUAUCAAGUACCCCACAAUGUCCACCAACACCAACACCCAGUCGCAGUCGCAAGAGAGCCAACAGCCCGGCCUCCUGGCAGGACAUGCCGAAUACAUCAAGGGCAUUGCAGAGACCGCAGUCGGCUCCGUCACUGGAUCGCACGCUUGGACAUCAUCAGGCGAGCAAGAUAAGGCACAUGCGGUCCAUUCAAUGAAGGCCGCUGGCGAGCAAAGGGACCCCGCCUCGCAGGGCUACGGCAAGUUCGAGGAGAUGGCCGGACGCGCAACAGGUUGUGCCGGGAUGGAGAAAGAGGGCGCCGCCAGCGUCAAGAAGGACUAGUCGUGCCACCCCGGUGCCAGAAGCCCUGAAGCCAUAUGCACCAGCUCUAUGCGCAACCGGGGAUAAUGCCCCAGAUGAUAGAAACACAGCGCAGACGAACAAUACGUAAAUGAUGCCGAUGGUUACAACCUAGCGUAACCGCCAGAAUAAGAAUAGCCCGUUGGUUCAACGUGCCCGUUUGCUACUUGGUCCCAUGCU